AUGUGCGGGAUGGGAGAGGAGAGGUUGCCGAGAAGUGUAUGGGAGGCGAAGUGGGCAAACAAAAAGGAGGGUAGACAACCCACGAAAUGGGCCAAGGUUGUAGAAGACGUAUGGAAGGGGCUCGACAUCGACGAAGAUGAAACGCUGGAAACGGAGGGUCUACAGGGGUUCAAGGAGAAGAUAUCUGUUGCUUGUGCCGAAAGAGAAGAACAGAAUCUAAAGAAAGAAGCCAAGGAUAAGGAGAGUCUAGAAGUGUACGGAAUGUUGAAGGCAGGAAUAGGGUUCAAGGAUUACCUACAUGGACCAAUGGAUGCAGGGACAAAGCUUAAGGUCAAAUUCAGGACCGGGGACAUAGGCCUUCGAGAACGUCGACGACGACAUAGGACGGUAGACGACGAAGACGACGAGUUCAAAUGUGAUUGCGGCUUCGAAUACGAAGACCGUGUUCAUGUAGUCGCGGAAUAUCCGUUGUACAAGAAGGAGAGGGAGUGUUCGUGACUGAGCUGGGAAAAAUAGAUAGGACGUACAGGGAGAUGUUUGAGGGAUGGAAUAGAGAGGAAAGGACGGUAGCUGUAGUGGGGCAUAGGAGGUGGGUUGAAACGGCGGGAAGGGAUAUCGUUAGGAUAGAGAGACUAGGGACGACAUUUUUGAGCCAAGUUUGGCAAAGUAGAAAGGAACGAUUGGCCAUCGGUGAUCGGUCCUGUGGGAACAAUGCUCCGUCCUCUCGAGGACGCGUGGUCAAUGGUCUAACCGCUAANCCCCCCCCCCCCCCCCAUGGGGAUUCGAACUCAUGACCUCUGCAACUAGCGGAAUACGAGGAUACCACUAGGCCACCGGGGGCGACCGGUUGCGACCGGUUAGUGUACGCCCCAUUGGAGUCGCUUUCGUAGAAGGCCACACUGUGAAUGACACGUCGAUAGGUACACUUGACGACAUACCGUUGUUCCUCAUGUCGUACCGCAGGGAGCAAGGUGGGAGGAGGUUCUGUGACUUGAAAAUCGUCUGACACGAGCGUUGCAUCCAGACAAGGCAACAAUAUAUUAAUAUCGGUCGGUCACGAAACCAGCACGAGAGGUCUCGCAGUUGUACAGUGGUGGAAGAAACCUGUUUUUCGUUUCACGUCGUGCAGUCCCUUCACGAACCCGUUCCGCGUUCGCAACGCCCGAUGAUUGGCAUCACACUGAUUGCAGGAAGCUUGGCGGCUGUGGAACCACACUAUCACUGUGGCGGUCCUUACUCGAAGGUGCGUGUGGGUGUGGUUAACUGAUUUUACGCCACAGACAGGCCUAUGUGCGUUGAACCUCCUUAAUCAAGCCUCGCAUUGUGAAGUUGGUGCUCCUCCUUCGGGGUUAGUAUAUUUCCGAGUUUUUCGGGACGCCUGUGCAGCUUGUGCUCUACGUGUGAUAGUCAUCGCACUAUCCUUGACAUCCAGUCCGUGGAUCUCGUUUCGCCGGCGUUUUUCGGGGGUAGGUGGGUUCGUGUUUGCCGGACGACCAAAGUGAAGGGGAACACCUUGCAAGGGCUGCCCUUCAACCAACCACCGAAAGGAACUUCAGUGCCAGGGGUUCUCCCCGUAGUUUCAACCAGCCCCCGCGCGUUGCCGAGGGUUUCAACGGAAUCCGCUCGUUCUAAAAGUUCGACGAGCGGCAGGCUCGCACAUGUCGUCCACGGGGUACGGGUAUCGGAACACGGAGGAGACUCUGAUAUGCCUGGCCGUGCGAGUGUUACUGCUGCAGACGGCCGAAGUAUGUCGAGGGAGGGCAGCUUGUUCCCGACCAUUUCCUGAACGUGACUCAGUUGUUCAUGAGGACUCUUGCACACCAAGGAUAAUAGCACUGAAAAAAAAAUGGCAUCCAGUCCUUUCUUCAUGAAGUUGCGUGAUGCGAGAUGGUAACAGAGAUGUUUCUUUUUUCUGACCUCACGAUGUUGUCUGUAGGAAGACAGUAUUGGCUGAACAGCAUCAUGGCGUAGACGGUCAGCUCCCACAGCCCGGGAUAACCAUAUCGGGAAUGGAUCCACGUUCAAAACCCGUUUUACGUUGUAUUUGACUACGUUCGCGUCAUGAGGAGACGUUGUUUCCGAAGCAUUCAUGAAUGCAGACGGUGGUUGGUGAUAAACACACCGGCCAAAAAACAAACAAAUGGUGCUGCUGUACGUGUCUAAAAAAAAAACUUUGGUCGUGCGCCACACGGUCUCUCUGCGUGGUCCCCCCCCUAGGCACCUGUAAAAAAACACCACAAAAAAUACAAGACAAGUGUGCUGUACGUGGCAAAAAAACAACAUCGAACAUCAAGCGUGCGCUACGCGUUCUCCAUGCGUGUUCUACACGUGGUACACUCGUCAAACACCCACCCGACAAAAGACAAACGGUACAGCAAGUGAAAGCGAUCUUCCCUCUCCCUCCUCCGCCGGCACACGAACGACCUUGCACCAACCGCCCCUAAAACACAAUCGGUCGCUCUAGCACAUGUGGAAUCGGGGAGGGACCGCGGGCUGUCCCUCAAAGGGGACUUUUGUCCCAUUCAGCCAUCUCGGUUCUAAUCUUCGCUAUAUUUUUUUCCAGAAAACCGACAAUUUCCAGCGCCGUGCUGUCGCCGCCUGCCACCUCUGCUUUGGCUUCUUUGAGACUUUUCGUGGCGGCUUGGAAAGAUUUGAACAAGGUGUCGAAAAACGACAAUUUUGCGGUCUUUUCAUCUACGAUGUCCCGCGAGGAAGGUGCUGCGGCGGGGGCGGGUUCGGACGCUGGCCGAAAUAGCUCGCUUAAUCCGCCGGGGGGCAGUCCAAGUACCGACGCCACUGAGUGCAUGGCAACCGUGGCCGUCUCUUGCACUCUGACGGCGUUCUUAGACACCUUUUUCUUGGCCUUGAGAUGGGCGUUGUCCUCCCUCGCUCUGCGUUUGGAGUCCUCUCUCCUCUUCGCGUCAGCAGCGGCUCCCUUGGCGCCGGUAGGGCCGGCGGCCGCCCCCCCCCACGCCGCUGCUCUCCCGUUGCACGUCUUCGGGCAGGAGCCGGUCACACACGGGGAGGAUCUGCGGGUAACCGGCCAUGACCUGUCCAAAGUAGGUGUCCANNNNGUGACAUUGAGCGGAAGUGGACGUCACCACGAAAGUAUAUCGUCGUGCUGGAACUUGCAAUCGGAAACGUACUUCCCGCUGAUGUCAUUUAGAGCGCACACGUGGUUGUGGGAGGAACGUACUUGUGUCAUCGAUGCAUCGCCAACAUGUAGAAAAAUCGGGUGUUUCAAAGGCAUAUUAUUGAAACCUUUUAUGAUGAGGGGAACCACAGUAGGUCGGG